AUGGAACUUGAAUUCAAAUUACCUACUGUGGACCAUGUAGAUUCAUUUAUAUCUGCAGAAAUUCCAAACAGAAAUGAAGAUCCAGAAUUAUUUAUCCUGGUGAAAGAGUAUAUGAUACAUGGUCCAUGUGGUAAUGCUAGGUUGAGCUCUCCAUGUAUGGUAGAUAUGAAGUGUUCAAAAGGCUUUCCCAAAAAAUUUCAAGAUCAUACAACACUAGAUUCAAACGGGUUUCCAUUAUACAGAAGGAGAAACGAUGGUGCUUCUGUUAUGAAAAAUAAAGUUGACCUUGGUAACAGGAGUGUGGUUCCGUACAACAAAAAAUUAUUGAAAAGAUAUCAAGCUCAUAUCAACGUUGAAUGGUGCAAUCAAGCCGCCUCGAUAAAAUAUCUGUUUAAAUACAUUAAUAAAGGUCCUGAUAGAGCCACUAUAGCUGUUGUGCAUGGUGAUAAUCAACCGGAAGAGCAACCACAAGACGAGAUCAAAGAGUAUUACGAUUGCCGGUAUAUAUCAGCUUGCGAAGCAUCUUGGAGGAUAUUUGCUAAUGAAGUACAUUAUAGAAGACCUUCUGUUAUGAGGCUUCCAUUCCAUCUACCUGGCCAACAACCUGUUGUUUUCGGCCCUGAUGAGGAUAUUAACUCUGUUCUAAACAAACCGUCAGUUAAAUCUUCAAUGUUUCUAUCAUGGAUGGAACGUAAUAAAGACCCAAAUGACCUGUUGGCCCGUACACUUACAUACGUUCAGUUCCCUAUUUUUUUAUGUAUGGAAGCUAGACAAGCGAGUAUGGGAACCAAGAAAAGGGAAAAAAUCAAUUGGCAGGAUUCAUUCCGUAUCUCCGUCUCUAGAGAUGCUUGCUACGCACUUGGUCUUUUAGAUGAUGAUUCAGAGUAUGUGGAGGCAAUAAAAGAAGCAAAUUUAACUGGAAGCUCUUCAUACAUUCAGAAUUUAUUUUCUACGAUGUUGUUAUCCAGUAGUCUUUCUAGACCUGAGGUUGUUUGGGAAAGUUCGUGGAGAUACAUGGCGGAUGAUUUUGUUUACAGACUAGCAAAAUACCAUCGAGUUACAGCGUUAUCAAUUCCAGAUCACCAACUGAAGAACUAUGUUUUGUGCGAAAUUGAAAAGUUUUUAUUGCGAAAUAAUUCUUCGUUGCGAAGAUUUGAAUCAAUGCCAUAUCCAAAUAUGUCGUCUUCAGGUAUUUCAGAUUGUCGUUUGAUAUACGAGGAGCAGUCCUAUGAUACAACAUACCUUGGAAAUCUGUACGAUAGUCAAUUGACAAUGUUAACUGACGAACAACGCUCUGUUUUUGAAGAGAUUAUGGCAGCAGUAAACAGUGAUAACGGUCGGAUUUUUUUCCUUUAUGGGUAUGGUGGAACAGGUAAAACAUUUCUAUGGAAGACAUUGUCCGCUGCAAUUAGAUCAAGAGGUCAAAUCGUGUUAAAUGUGGCUUCAAGUGGAAUUGCAUCGUUGUUGUUAGAUGGUGGUAGGACUGCACAUUCCAGGGUUAGCAUACCGUUGAAUCUUACUGAAGAUUCGGUAUGUAAUAUAAAACCAGAAAGUGAUCCGUCUAAAUUACUUCAUGAGACUAAAUUGAUAAUUUGGGAUGAAGCACCUAUGGUACACAAACAUGCAUUUGAAGCGCUCGAUAGAACAAUGAAUGACGUUUUCAACAUUGACACAUCUCUCAAUUCAGAAAUCCGGUUUGGAGGUAAGGUUAUUGUUUUUGGUGGCGAUUUUAGACAGAUAUUACCUGUUGUUCCAAAUGGUGGGAGACAAGAGAUUGUUAAUGCCUCCUUAUGUUCGUCUUAUCUGUGGAGUAAAUGUAAAUUGCUAAGACUAACAAGAAACAUGAGGUUAACGGUUGGAACAUCUACAGCUGAUGUUGAUGAAAUAAAUACUUUUGGCAAAUGGAUUUUGGAUUUAAGUGAGGGUAACGUUGGUGGUCCAAAUGAUGGAGAAGCAACUAUUGAAAUACCACAAGAUCUUUUGAUUACUGAUGCAUCUAAUCCAAUUGCAAGUUUAAUUGAUUUUGUUUAUCCAUCAAUCUUUGAAAACGUAGACGCCCAUAACUAUUUCAGUGACCGGGCUAUACUUGCACCUAAAAAUGAUGUUGUUCAUGAGAUUAAUGACAGGUUGCUAGCAAUGUUUCCUGGUGAAGAAAAAGAGUAUCUUAGCUCUAACAGUCUUUGUCCGUCUGAAGAUGUAAAUUCUACACAACAAAGACUUUACUCUCCGGAUGUGCUCAAUGGUCUAAAAAUAUCAGGCCUACUAAAUCAUAGGUUAGUCCUUAAAGUUGGUGUUCCAGUGAUGUUAUUAAGAAAUAUUGAUCAACGGAAUGGAUUGUGCAACGGUACAAGGCUACAAGUAAAAAAGCUGCACAACCGUGUAAUAGAAGCGGAGAUAAUAUCUGGUUCAAAUAUUGGUACUUGCACAUAUAUCCCUCGAUUAAACUUGAUACCUUCUGAUAAAAAGAUUCCUUUUGCUUUUCAAACGAGGCAAUUUCCACUGGUCGUAUGUUUUGCAAUGACCAUCAACAAAAGUCAAGGCCAGUCUCUUUCAAGAGUUGGUUUGUACCUCAAACAACCGGUCUUCUCUCAUGGUCAAUUGUAUGUUGCCUUAUCAAGGGUGAAAACAAGAAAUGGGGUCAAAAUACUCAUACUUGACAACAACGGAAAACCUACGGAUAAAACAACUAAUGUGGUGUAUAAAGAGAUUUUCAACGAAUUGUGA